ACGUAGUCCACUUGCUCAUUCGCAGAGCGCCUUAGUGUUUUUGUGGUUAUCCGGCGUAAUUUAGUCGGCCGAAAAGGGGGCUUAACGAGAGUGAGUGAACAAAUCACCGAUAGUGACGAAUUAAACAUGCAGCCAAGUAUAUUCCGGAGGAGCCGUAAUAAACCGUAACUGUAAAUAAUCAUUUCUUUUUGAGAACUUCGACAGGUGAGAAGUUUUCCUCUUGGGAAGCGCUAGAGGAAUAGCAGCGAUGAAGAGCGGUAGCAAAGAGCAUUCAUUGAAGAAACAAUUAAUCCAUCCACCGGUUGCGAAUCAGCUUUGCGUCUGUGGCCCCCUUAAUACGGUGGCCGCUGCGAAGGGGAGACUUACUUCCUGUACAAAAUCUCGGCAAAUCAAUUCGUAAACCUUUUUGACGUCCAUUUUUUAAACAAAAUCUUAUCUUUCAUAUAACUUACAUAAACAUUUGGAUGAGAUAGAGAGAUAGAAGAGAGGGCGAAGGGGACGAUGGCGAAGAUGCAAUACAACACAAGUGCGGCCCAUUGCUAUGCAGAGGCUGCGCAGGAUAAUUAAUGCCAAAAAUCGUGACGAGAUCUACAACAGACCCUUUGUGGGUUCUAACAGCAACUACCCAUCCAUUUUUCCCUUCUUUCUUGUCUACCAAUUAAAUACUUCCACAUUAAUAUCCACAUCGGGAACGAUUCUCGUCACACGGGAACGAUUGUUUAAUUCGCUUAUGAUCUUCUUCCAAGAUCAUUUGACAACAUGUGUUGAGUUAUGAUUGUCCCGGACCCGGGUGACAAUCACACUGUGUACUAAUCAACUAGCACCACCUUCAGCCGCGUGGUUCCUGACAGUCACCUUUUACGUACCUCCUUCAAACUAACUAGCGCGAUCAGUAACCGGUAGCUUCCGUACCUUACGUUCUCCGUAAAUGUAUUAAGUAACAAAGAUAUGGGCAUGUUUGCAAUACAUUAGUUUAGCGAAUAUACGUUUACGCAAUUCUGUGACCGCCGUAGUAGUAGUAGCUGUUUAGUAGUUGUUAAGUUAGUUUAAACUGCCGGCACAUCCAGGCCAGGCACACACUAGCCAGUGCAUGCAACCGUGUUGUGAAGUAUCCAGUUGGCACCGCCUGGUCCGGCACAGGUUCACUGAAUUUGAGAUUAUUUAUUUUCCUCUCCCUUCGCAAAUUAAGGUCACCUGCAUUCACCCUCUCCCUACGAUCCUCUCCACACAGACGCCGUCACAUGAAACCGGAGAAGCACUAGCUAUUACACUAGGCUUUGCAAUGGGCGGGAUUUAGCAUAGUGACGGAUAAACGUACAUGCAAAAGAAGAUAGUGGUUCGGUUUGUGAUCGAUUCGCUACUAGUACUCGAUGCUUGUAAAUAGAGAUUCGUCCACUUAUAUCGUUGGAGUAGCUGGCAGCACAACAGCCGCUAGACGUCCAACUCUUCACACAAACAAAUACACGCACAUACAUACACAUAGAGACACAUCAUCACUUCCACCACCGCGGGUAUUGUUGUAUGCCAAAUUACCAUGUUCUAAUUUUAAACGUCACAAACGUCUUCUUCUUACCUUCAUAGAUACAUAUAUCAAUAUAUAAACCUAAAGCUAAAUAUACACAGUACACUCACAAGUAUUAGCGAGCUAUUUUUAGCAGCAGCAGCAGCAGGAGUUUGGCUGUUUCGUCCUUGUUACGAGUCGGUGGCUUUUUGUGUCAAAGACACCAAUCUGACCACGAGGCACAACAACAAAACAGAAGGAAAGGAUAUGCGCAUAGAAGCGAUUGUUUCGAUUCAUCCAAUCACCUCUCCCUACACGCGGAUCCAUUCAAAUUUGUUUAAAACCACUUAACGAUGGCCUAUAGCACAGUCGUAGUACAAGAGAUAGGACGUCCAUGUCUCUAGCGCCACAGGCAUACUGAAGGACAAAACGACGUUGUUAUUAGGACAUUCUUUCAGGAAAGCCCCCUUCAAAAGCGGCUAUUAUCUUUAGCGGUUGUACAGUUUUCUCCUGAUCCUGAUCAUGCUGACCACCUAAAAGGGGGUUACUUCUUUACGUGCGUGUGUGUGUGUAUUCGAAUGCCCGUGUAUGUGUGUGCGUGUGUGAGUUUGCGUACCAGGCUGAUGAAGGAGCUGUACUGUAGUGCCGUUCGAAAGCUGCAUUAGGCCGAACGGAGUACUUCGAGGUGAGAAUCGUAGAAUGGAAACAUAUUAUUGGACGCGGAAGAAGACAGUUUUGAGAGCGAUCGAAUGUGAAACAUCUUCUGGCCUGAUGAUGGGAAGAAGUGUACAUACGAGUACAUAUAUACAUAUACAUUUACAAAAUAAAUCUAUAUAUUUGAAUACGAUCGUGUACCAUUUGUCGGAUUAUUCGGUGUGAUGUGACGAAAAAUUUGGGGCGAAAAAGGCAACAAACAAUUAAACAAUUAAAGACUUGGAAGUGGCCAAGAUAGUACGCCAAAACAGUACACGCAUACACACAAUUAAAAAUGAAAUUCCACUUCCAUCUUACAACACUUGUCGAAACAACGCAAACCACAAACAGGAGUGCCGAAGGCCGCAAGCAAAAGUAGUGAAAUAUUUAUAGGGUUUGAACGUAUAACUGAACAACAAAUGAACAAAAUGCAGCGCAAUGAAUGUAGGGCAAAGUAUUCGAUAUGUUCCUCAGAAAUAGGCAAACUCGUUGCAAAUUGUGUCAAAUGGGGGCAGAAUUCGAAACAAAAUGUUAAAAUAAAAAUUUAGUGAAA